AUGAAGUGGGCCCAAUUAAAGUCUCUUGCACCGUUCCAGGUUCUCCAUGACCUGCUUCAUUUCCUCAUCGUCAAUAAACCUCCAGGCAUCGUGUCGCAGAGCGGUAAACAGCAUCAUUCGCGCAAGCUAGACGAGGAGAGUGUCAUCUACCAGUUGAGCAAGCAGUUGCGGAGAGACUAUCCUGAGUCUAAGGAGUACAGCCAGCUCAAAACCGUGCACCGAUUGGACCGUCCGGUGACGGGUGCCAUGGUGAUUGCCAAGACAAAGAUUGGGGCCCAAAACUUUUCCAAAAAUUUGCAACAAGGUGGGAACAAGGGCUUCCUCAUCAAGCGCCGAUACAUUGCCUUGAUCCAAGAGCCUGACUUGCAGUACGUGUAUCGGAACAAAUGUAUCCAUUUCACAAACAAGGAAAAAACUCAGGGCAUCAUCACCACGGACGCCGGGAAAACGUCUGUGACCAAGUUUCACGCCUUGACAGACCUCGAGCCCCAGCCUCUUUCUGGCCUAGCGGAGUAUUUCAACCGUGUGCCGCGGAUUCCGGUGCUUCUCGAGUUGGUUUCCGGCCGUAAGCACCAGAUCAGAGAGCACCUCCAGGAGGCGUUCAGACAACCCGUGCUCAACGACAUGGAAUACGAUGCGGACCCUCUCCACAUAGAUUUUAACCAGAUUGCUUUGCAUUCGUUGUAUGUCAAGACCAAAGUGGGAAUGGCUAUGAAUGAAAUUAUUGCCCCAAUGUGCUAUGGGCAGGGAUUGUGGGAUGGCUACCUUGACCAAGAGGGGAACUUUUUGCCUGAGAUCGUGCAAGCGGUCAGGGAGUUCGAGGUGCCCUACAUCCCACCGAAGGAGGUUGAGAUGUAAUUCGUUGACUAGAUGGAAUAUAUAGAUAAUUAAGGGUUAUUUAUUGUUAACUGGCCUAUACAGGUGCCAUCAGAGGCUGAGCUGGUUGAUUCGAUUUGGUUGUCGCUUUGCGC